AUGAAUAUAACCGAAAAUAACCUUCUCGAGCUAUUAUCAUUAAAAAAUUAUGAUUAUUAUUUAAAAUAUUAUAACUAUGAAAAUGUUGAAAGAAAACACAUGUCAUUUAAUAACAACGGUAAUAUAUGUUAUUGUAACGCUUCUUUACAAUUAAUAUUAUCUAUUAAACCUUUGUGUAUUUAUUUAUUGAAGAAAUGGAAGAAAAAAUCUUUUAAUACAAAAUCUAAAUAUCAAGGUGAUAUAUUAAAAUCGGUUUGUGAUUUAAUAGAAGAAGUAUAUGGUCAAAAUAACUCACAAAAUAAUAACAACAAUAAUAACAAUAAUAAUAAUAAUAAUAAUAAUAAUAAAAAAACUAAAAAUAAGGGUUAUAUAAUAUGUACAAAUAAACAUAUAAAUUUAUUAAAAAAAAUAAAAAAAUAUAAUGAUAAUAUUAUAAUUAAUGCUCAAAAUGAUGCACAUGAAUUUUUAUUGAUGUUAUUAAAUUUUAUCAAUGUAGAAUGUAAUAGAUAUUUAAAUAUACCAGAUAAUUUCGAUAUAAAAUUAAAUGAUAAAGAUAAUAAACAAAAUGCUGGAGAUAAGUAUUGGAUUAAAUAUUUAUUUAAAGAUAAUAGUAUUAUAACAGAUUUAUUAGGAUUUCAAAAUAUUUCAAGUAUUACAUGUAUUAAUUGUGGACAUACCAGAUAUAGUUUUGAAUUUUGUAUUGACCUAGGAUUAGAGUUUCAAGAAGAAAAUAUUAAAAGUACAAAUCUUAUUGAUCUAUUAAAAAAUAAUAUAAUACAAGAAGAACAUCUUUGUUAUUUAGAUUGUGAAAAUUGUAAAUUAAAAAAAACAAGUCGAGUCAAAAAAGGAAUAUAUAGAUUGCCAAAUCUAUAUAUGAUUAUAUAUAUUAAAAGAUUUAAAUGGAUAUAUGAUCAACGUACUAAUUAUUAUAAUAAUAAAAUGAAAAAAAUUAAUACUACUCUUUUAUUACCAUUAGAUGGAAUUAUUGAUUUUACAUCAUUCUCACAUAUGUCAACUCAUAAAACUUUAAAUAAUUCUAAAUAUAUUAUAGAAAGUAUUAUAUGCCAUACAGGCAAUUGUUAUAAUGGUCAUUAUACUUGUAUUGUCAAAUAUAGCGAUGGAUUCUAUAAAUGUAACGAUGAAAAAAUCAGAAAAAUAAAUAAUCCAUACAGCCCAGAAAAUGUUAAUGACAUAUAUUUGUUGUUACUAAGGAGAUUACCCUAA